AUGCUUAGGGUUUCACCGUCCCCGGCCGCCGCCGCCGCCGCCGCUAACCAGCUCGCUGGUGCGGGCGUGACCCCGGCUCCCGUCAGGGUGGCGGCGCCGCGCGGCGUCGGCUCGCCUUCGGCUGCCGCCGCGUGCAGGGCCGCCGGGAAGGGGAAGGAGGUGCUCAGCGGGGUGGUUUUCCAGCCGUUCGAGGAGAUCAAGGGCGAGCUCGCCCUCGUGCCCCAGACGCCCGACAAGUCCCUCGCCAGACAGAAGUUCGUCGACGAGUGCGAGGCCGCCCUCAACGAACAGAUCAAUGUGGAGUACAAUGCCUCGUAUGCGUACCACUCCCUCUUCGCCUACUUCGACCGCGACAACGUGGCUCUCAAAGGAUUUGCCAAGUUCUUUAAGGAAUCAAGCGACGAGGAGAGGGAGCAUGCUGAGAAGCUCAUGGAGUACCAGAACAAACGUGGAGGCAGGGUGAGGCUCCAAUCGAUUGUGACGCCCUUGACCGAAUUUGACCACCCUGAGAAAGGCGAUGCUUUGUACUCUAUGGAGCUGGCUCUGGCUCUGGAAAAGCUGGUUAAUGAGAAGCUGCACAACCUGCAUGGUGUGGCAACAAGGUGCAAUGAUCCUCAGCUGACAGACUUCAUCGAGAGUGAGUUCCUCGAGGAGCAGGUGGAAGUCAUAAAUAAGAUCUCCAAGUAUGUCGCCCAGCUGAGGAGAGUGGGCAAGGGGCACGCUAUGGAGUUGGCUCUGGUUCUUGAAAAGCUGGUUAAUAAGAAGCUAAGCUACACAACCUGCAGAGUGUGGCAACAAAGGUGCAAUGAUCCUCAACUGACCGACUUCAUCGAGAUUGAGCUUCUUCAGGAGCAGUCUGCCUCCUCUGGCUUUUCAGUGUCGUCGUCAUCGUCCUCGUCGUCGUCGUCGUCGUCCUCCUCCUCCUUUCCGUUCUGCUGGAAGUGCCGCGAUGCUAUGCGUGAAGGCGGUGUUGUCGCCUGCUGCCUUGACUGCUUCCUAGAAGGAAAUAAUCUUCACCUCUUCGCCUACUCGGUGCCUGAGUGGUUCUGGACACGGAGCAAUAUUGGUGUUCAAGACACCUGCUUCAUGUUACCUGAAGAGCACCCCGAGAAGGUCUUGUACGUCGCCAACAACCUGCUUCACCACAGCGACUUCGGCACUUAUGACCUUACGCUCAAUAACUGCUUCGACUUUGCCUUUUACUGCAAGACAGGACGCCGUUAUCGUUUAUCAGCAGAGUUGCUUCUUGACCCCUCGAUGUCUCCGCGAGACAAGUUUGAUAAUAUGGAAGAAGCUCUCAUCUAUGGACUGUGGCAUGGACAUUGCUGUUCUGCUAUUCUGGUGCUUCAAAUUCUGAAAUCAAUGGAUCAUGUUCCACCAGCCUAUUUGUUGGGUACUCUUCUGAAUGUCAGCUUCAUGGACGUGAAGCUACCAGCAUCUUUGUUGGAGACUUUUCUGGAUGUCAGCUUCAUGGACAUGAAGCUUCUCCUUUUGUUUCCAUCUUCCAUGGGCCAUGGCUCACAAACUGCCCUUACAAAAUGA